AUGGAGUCCAAGCAAGAUUCUCUGAGAAAGUCUGAGGAAAUCGAAUUCUUAAAUAUAUAUAAUGAUAGAAAGUCAGAAUCAUUGAUAUUGCUUACCAGCGUCAAAAAUUUGUUCUUCAUUCAACUGCCAAACAUGCCCAAGACUUACAUUACGCGAGUAGUGUACGAUUUCAACCAUCGUAGUAUGAUAGUAAAGAAAAAAAGCUCCACAACAAAGGUUCUCGGUGCCAUAACAUAUCGCCCUUUUCUUGAGAGAAAGUUUGCUGAGAUAGUUUUUUGCGCUGUCGAUUCCGACGAGCAAGUCAAAGGUUAUGGUUCGCGUCUAAUGAACCAAUUCAAGGACUAUAUAACAACCCACUCCGAUAUAACCCAUUUCCUAACGUACGCGGACGAUCUGGCUAUUGGUUUCUUUAAGAGGAACGGAUUUAGCACAGAAAUUACUCUAGAGUAUUCGAUAUGGGCAAAACAUAUAAAGGACUAUACGGGCGGAACACUGAUGCAGUGCCGUCUUAUUCCUAGAGUGAAGUAUGUAGAGGCACGACAAACACUUGAAUCUCAACGUCUAGCAGUGAAAGACAAGCUUAAAGAAAAAUACGCUACUAUUACGAAACAAUCAGGGCUGAAGUUUUCAAAGAGUGAUGGGAAAUACGAUCCGCUAUCUAUUCCUGGAGUAAAGGAAGCAGGAUGGACGCCGGAAAUGGAGAUGCGCGCACGAAAGACUAUAUGCCUACCUCACUACAGGACCAUGGUCACUGUGUUGGAGGCACUAAAAGAGCAAAAUUGUGCAUGGCCGUUUCGAGAACCAGUAGACGCGAAAAUUGUUUCUGAUUAUUAUGAUGUUAUUAAACAGCCAAUGGAUCUCUCGACUCUCGAGAAAAAUCUGAAAAAUGACAAGUACCAGACUAUAAAGCAGUUUGCGGAUGAUGUACAGAAAAUAUUUGACAAUUGUCGAAUAUAUAAUGCAAAAAAUACACUUUACUAUGCCGCAGCAGAUGAGCUAGAGGGAUUUUUUAGGAAUAAGAUGCAUGAAGAAGGUGUAAGGCUCUAA